AUGGGAGCAACAAUGGAAGAGGAGCUGAAGAGGGCAGAACCCGAGCCUGCUGUACUGGCUGAGCCUCCUCUGGCCUCGGCCCCAAACGACCUCGCUGAGGAGAAGGCCGUGUUGCCGCCGCCGCGCGAGGUUGAUGUCAAGGGAGUUGAUGAUACAAAAGCCCUUGCCGUAGUUGAGAAGGCUCCAGAAGAAACAGUGGUGAAAAAGCCUUCUGGAGGAUCGAUUGAUAGAGAUGUAGCUCUCUCACAUCUUGAAAAAGAAAAGAGUUUGUCUUUUAUCAGGGCAUGGGAAGAAAGUGAAAAGGCUAAGGCAGAGAACAAGGCCCAAAAGAAACUUUCUGAUAUUACUGCAUGGGAAAACAGCAGGAAAGCAGCUGCGGAAGCCAAACUGAGAAGCAUGGAGGAAAAAUUGGAGAAGAAAAAGACACAAUAUGCAGAAAAAAUGAAAAACCAAGUUGCUCUUCUUCACAAACAAGCAGAUGAAAAGAGGGCUUUGGCUAUAGCCAAUCGCGGGGAAGAAUUCCUCAAGGCGGAUGAGACCGCAGCUAAAUACCGUGCAACUGGAAGUAUACCAAAGAAGUUCCUUGGCUGCUUUUGA